AUGAAGUUUGGACGGUAUCUAGUGGAAAAUCAAACGCCAGAAUGGAAACGAGCCUAUAUAGAUUAUCGACUAUGUAAGAAGAAGAUCAAGGUGGUCGCGAAGAGGUUAGGACAAGUGAAAGAGCGUAAAGAAGGUGAAGGCGAGGAGGAUGACCAGGAUGGUGAUUCCUCAGGAGCGGAUGAUGAUCAUGGGCCAUCUGCUCCUCCGAGAGAAAGACAUACGCCGGAAACAAUCAAGGGGUCACUGAAGCUGAGGAUGACAGCUAGUGGGGCUGAUACACCGAGGUUGAAUAGGUGGACUUCACGUGCAUCAGAACGAAGUCAAAAAUAUGGAUCAACCGGUACAAGUCCCAGACCACCUCAACCUUCUUCCGAGCGACCCAUCCCUCCCCCUCUGGACUUGGGCUCUCCAAGUGUCAAUUCGAACGAAACCAACGUCCAUAAACCCGAUCCGAGUCCAAGACCGCAAGAUGACUCUUCGCGACCCUCACGAUCCAGAGCAGAUAGCAGCUCGCGAUCUAGGAAGGGGGUUGUGUUCAGUCCUAACCUCAAAGCAGAUGCCAUAGUGGAGACCACCAUCGAAGAGCAAUCUGAACAUUCCAGACGAUCAAGUGGUAGUAACGACCUGAUAGAGAGUGAUUCCGGUACACCUUUAACCAAGCCUACGGCUUCUCAAAAGGAUGAAGUCAGUGAAGGAAGAAGGGGAUCGACAACAACGGCUAAAAGUCCAAAAUUGUGGAGUCCGAGAUUAUCCAGUUCUGCAGCUACGCCUAGAGAUAGCUCAUCGGCCGCUGAUACCCCUCGAGGUGUCAAGAGUCCAAGACUGGGCCCAAGAAGCUUAAGAUCAAUGACAUUGCCUUCUCCUGCACUACCACUACGUCCUGCCGGUCCACCAGUACGUACAGCAGACAACUUUGACGAUCUGUAUAAACAGCUCGAACAAGAUGAGAAGGAUUUCUUCGACUUGUUAGAACACGAGCUAGACAAAGUUGAGAAUUUCUACGUGGCAAGAGAAGGGGAAGCUAUGAGGCGAGCGCAUGAUUUGAGAGAUCAAUUGAGGGAAUUGGCAGAACAUAGGAAAAUCUAUCAUGAACUGUAUCCACAUGGAACACCAGAAUGGGAAACCAAAGUACAAAGAAUCUUACCAAUUCCUCAAGCCGCUACGAAUGUUCCUGCGUUUAAUAAGUUUAAACAGAAGCUAGGCUUAGGACCUCCAGAUACCGAUGUGUCUCAGAACGGUACAGGGAAUAAUCUGCAGGUUCCCGGUACGCAGGGACCGAAAAGAUCGAAUUCACCUAUACCGAUGAUGUCUGAGAACGAACGAAGUAGCUUGAGGGAGGCGAUGAGGGCCGAUAAAGACCAUCAAACGUAUAAUCCGGAGAGGUAUCAGAAAUAUAAGAAAGAACUGAAAUUAGCUGUGUUGGAGUUUUAUAGACAGUUGGAACUGAUCAAGAAUUAUCGGAUCAUGAAUCUUACUGGAUUUAGGAAAGCUUUGAAAAAGUUUGAGAAGACCACUAAGAUCACAUGCCUGGAAAUGUACACCGACGAACGUAUCUCAAAGGCUACUUUCUCCCAAUCUGAAGCUAUAGAUGGAUUGAUCAAGCAGAUUGAGGAUCUAUAUACGAUACAUUUCGAACAUGGAGACAGUAAACGAGCGAGAGAUAAGCUCAGGCGGCAGACUACGGAAAAGACUCAUUACGACUCUGUAUUCAGGUCGGGUAUUAUGAUUGGCAUCGGAUUACCUGCAGCCGUGUUCGCUUUGAUUGAAUCAAGCAAAUCCCACGUCCGAGAAGAAAUCCCAGUGUGGGGAGCGUUACUUCAAGUCUAUGGUGGACUAUACCUUCCUAUCAUGUUUGCGAUGCUAUUCCAAUUGAACUUGGGCGCCUAUGUCGCUGCGAGGAUCAACUAUGAGUUCGUCAUGGAAUUGACUAGACCCACUAUUGAUUAUCGAUCUUUCUUGGAGAUCCCCGCAUUCCUGUUCUUAACGCUAUCAUACUGCUUCUAUUUUACCUUCGCUCAGAUUGGAAGCGAAAACGUGUCUCCUACCACCUGGCCUUUAGCUUGGCUGGUCUUUACCGUUGUAUUUUUCCUAAAUCCUCUACCGGUCUUGAGAAGGGGUACGAGAUACUGGUUAUUGAAAGUUUUAUUCAGAGUUAUCACACCUGGAUAUAGUAGAGUCGAGUUCAUUGCGUUCUUUUUGGCCGAUGAACUCAAUUCUCUAGUCUAUUCAGUCCAAAAUUUAUAUUUCUUAUCUUGUGGUUAUGCCAAACAUUGGCCCGCGGAUGUAUUCUCCGUUUGUCAUUCUGGUAAAUCAUGGCCUUAUGCUUUAUUAGCUUGUUUACCCGCUGGAUCACGUUUCAUCCAAUGUCUGAAACGUUACCAUGAUUCGAAGUUGAAUAUCCACUUGAUCAAUGCUGGUAAAUAUUCAAGUGUGAUCCUUCAACAGUGUCUAUUCGUCUAUUGGAGAUCUAGAGGUAGUCUCAUCAACGAUAAAUCAUUGAUUGUCUGGCUUAUCUUCGCGAUCAUAAGUGCAGUGUACACGUCAACUUGGGAUCUCGUCAUCGAUUGGAGUUUGUUCAGACCUCAGGCGGGAUUGUUAAGGAAGGAUUUAGGUUAUUCGCAACGAUAUGUAUAUUAUCUAGCUAUGAUUAGCAAUGUCUUCAUUCGGUUUGUAUUCAUCUGGUAUCUACCUCUAUCGACGAAGAAUGUCAGAUUAAAAUCAUUCUUCUUCGCUUUGGCUGAGAUGAUGAGAAGAUGGCAGUGGAAUUUCUUCCGAGUGGAAACUGAACAUCUAGGUAACGCCGAUGCCUAUCGAGUCACACGUGAAAUCCCGUUACCCUACAGGCGAAUCAACAAUGACUCAGAUGAAGAUGGGGAUCAAGAGAUGGAUGGCGAAGUCCAGAAAGAGAAAAAGAAAAAUACGUUGUCUGUACAUCUGAAUCGACUGAGAUUGAGACAUAACAUUAGACAACAUCAGAAUACGGAUGAUGAAUCUUCAACUCCAGGCCACGGACAGGGAGAGGGAAGAGGACCUGAUGCGUUGAAUGCUGGUCCGAGAGGAUAUAGGGCAGAGAGGGAUUAUGAAGCUAGAAGACCGGGUGAUUGGAGUGGGGUGAAUUCGCCUAGAGGGGGUCAGGCUGUUUGA